ACGGAGUUGUUGCCGGCGAGGCGCGCAAGGAAACGGCGGAACCCUCUGCCUGUCGUGUUGUGUCCCUCGUGGGCUGCGGCGUGUGGAAACGGGGACUCUUCCUCUGUCAUUCGGUUCCUCGCCUGACGCCUGCGGGUUUCCCCACUCAUAAUCGGUGAAAAAUGUCUGAUGAUGAAGAUGCUCCACUGCCGAAGAAGACCCGGAUUUACUAUGGAAGCCUUGAAGAGAAGGAGAGAGAAAGAAUUAGCAAAGGAGAGGGAGGAUAUCUGGGGAAAGAGGCUGUGAAAGUUGGUGUAGAAGCCGGGCACAUUAACAUAUCUGGUGGUGAAUUCUACGAUGUUGAAGAUCACAUCAGCGAGAGGCAGGCCGAAGUGCUGGCGGAGUUUGAGCGCAGAAAGCGAGCCCGGCAGAUUAAUGUUUCCACAGAUGAUGCAGAAGUGAAGGCCUGUCUACGAGCGCUUGGGGAACCAAUCACCCUUUUUGGUGAAGGGCCAGCGGAACGACGAGAAAGGUUGAGGAACAUAUUGUCUGUGGUGGGAGCUGAUGCCUUGAAGAAAACAGAGAAGAUAGAAGAUGCAAAGAAAGGCCGACAGGAGCACCAGCAGACCUGGUAUCACGAGGGUCCUAGUUCCUUGAAGACUGCUCGUCUCUACAUUGCACGAUUUUCCCUGCCAAGGGCCUUGAAGCGAUUGGAAGAGGCAAGAGCCAACAAAGAGGUUCCGGAAGCUUCCCGCACUGCUCGACAACAAGAACUUCACAAGAGUUUAAGGGCCCUGAAUAACUUCUGCAGUCAGAUUGGUGAUGACCGUCCCAUUUCCUACUGUCAGUUCAGCCCCAACUCCAAGCUCCUAGUUACAGCUUCCUGGAGUGGAUUAUGUAAGCUGUGGGAUGUUCCUGACUGUAACCUUAUUCGUACACUGAGAGGUCACUGCACGAAUGUGGGCGCCAUUGUAUUUCAUCCGCAGGCCACCAUUUCACUUGAUGAAAAGGACUGUAAUAUGGCAUCGUGUGCAGCCGACGGCUCAGUGAAGCUCUGGAAUUUGGAAAGUGAUGAGCCAGUAGCCAACAUUGAAGGGCACACAAUGAGAGUCGCUCGAGUGGCGUGGCAUCCAUCAGGCAGGUUUCUCGGGACCACAUGUUAUGACCACUCCUGGAGACUCUGGGACCUGGAAGCUCAGGAAGAAAUCCUGCACCAGGAAGGCCAUAGUAAGGGUGUCUAUGACAUUGCCUUCCACCGUGAUGGCUCUCUGGUGGGAACUGGUGGCCUUGAUGCCUUUGGACGUCUGUGGGACCUGCGGACUGGUCGAUGUAUCAUGUUCCUAGAAGGACAUUUGAAGGAGAUCUACGGAAUCAGCUUCUCUCCCAAUGGAUAUCAUGCAGCAACCGGAAGUGGAGACAACAGUUGCAAAGUUUGGGACCUGCGACAGCGGAAAUGUAUCUACACCAUCCCAGCACAUCAUAACCUCCUGUCAGCAGUUAGGUUUCAGCCCACAGAUGGACACUAUCUCCUCACCGGUGCCUAUGACAACACAGCAAAGAUAUGGAGCCACCCUGGGUGGUCACCACUCAAAACAAUGGCUGGCCAUGAGGGCAAAGUGAUGGGACUGGACAUUUCUCCAAAUGGGCAGCUCAUUGCUACGUGUUCUUAUGACAGGACCUUUAAACUCUGGACAUCUGAGUAGACCAAAAGCAGCAGAACUUUGACAACCAACCACCCUAAAGAAGGAGUGUCAGAUACAACCAAAUUAUUGGGAACUAGUCACCAGAUUUCACAGUAACAUGCCUUGUUGUGAGACAGGAGUUGCCAUAAUCUGCUGGUCAUUGACUUUAUCACUAUCAUUUCUAGGCUUUUGGACAGUUACAUUGAAUGAAAAAAGCUGGUAGCUUCCAGUUGAUGUGUAUGAGUGGUCCUAUUCCACAAUUCUCUGGAGAAGCAGAACCCGGAAUGAGAACAAGUGGUGCAUGGCAUCUCAGUUUCCAAAAUAGAAUGUUUUCAGUUCUUCACUGGCCUCCGAUUUUCUGCUGAAUGGUUUAUAGGAAGUGCUGCUGCCAAGCUGUUGGGUCCAAAGCACUAAGGAAACCUUUGAGUUAAGGGCUAUUUCUGGAAUUGAACUAAAAGUUAUUUGCUUGACAAUGGAAAGCUGUGUGUUAACCCUGGAAUCUGUCACUAAUGUGUUAACCACAUGGGUAAAUGGCCUCUCCUUUGUAGCAGCGCUUUAUAAUAAAUAUUUUGAUAAAUAACUACCUGUGGAACUGUUUCCAUGAGAUGUGCAUUAAAUUGAUUGAUU